AUGGCCAGUUCUCAGGGACAACUGACAUUCAUGGAUGUGGCCAUAGAAUUAUCUGAAGAGGAGUGGGGAUGCCUGACCCACACUCAGUGGGAACUGUACAGGGAUGUGAUGUUGGAGAACUACAGACACUUCCACUUCCUGGGUCUCAUUGAGUCCAAGCCAGACUUGGUGUCCUUUUUGGAACAGAAUAAGUUCUGGGAUGAGAUAAGAAAGGAGACAGUAGCCUUUCAUCCAGGUAGGUGGUCAAGAAUGAAGCAGAUGACAGAGCAUCACAGAAAUCAUACAGUAGAGAAACCAUACAAAUGUGAGGAAUUUAGUAAAACCUUUAAGGACUGUUCAUCACUAACUGGACAUACGCAAAUCCAUACUGGAGAUAAAUUCUACAAAUGUAAAGAAUGUGGCAAAGAUUUUAAAUUUCACUCAGCACUUACUCGACAUCACAAAAUUCAUACUCGAGAGAAACGUUACAAGUGUAAAGAAUGUGGCAAGGCCUUUAACUGGCACACAGCCCUUAGACAACAUCACAGAAUUCAUACUGGGGAGAUACCUUACCAAUGUCCAGAAUGUGGCAAGGCCUUUAACUGGCAUGCAGCCCUUACUCAACAUCACAGAAUUCAUACUGGAGAGAAACCUUACCAAUGUCCAGAAUGUGGCAAGGCCUUUAAACAGAGCUCAGGGCUGACCCAACAUCAGAUAAUUCAUACUGGAGAGAAACCUUACAAAUUCAAGAAUGUGGCAAGGCCUUUAGGUGGCCCUCAAACCUUACUCAACAUCAGAUAAUUCAUACUGGAGAGAAACCUUACAAAUGUCAAGAAUGUGCCAAGGCCUUUGUCCAGCAGGCACACCUUACUAAACAUAGAAUUCAUACUGGAAAGAAACCUGACAAAUGAAUUUAAUGUGGCAGAGCUUUUAACAUGCAAACAACCCUCACUGGAUGUGAGAAAAUUCAUACUGGAGAGAUACCUGCAAAUGUAA